GUUUGAGAAAAUGUUAUUCCAACUGUUACGAAAAUGUUAACUUCAAUUUCACCAUGGCUCUCUCCCACUGCUAUACAUUGUUCCAACACACGCAACCGUCGCAACCGUCUACCCUCUCGCACUAAAAUCAAACCUCCCCCUAACCCUAAACUUAACAACAACUCCCCGCCGGAACUUCCACUCCUCUCCUCCGGCGACGCCACUACUUACACCUGUCUCCCCCUCAAGGAAGACUACUCUUCCCCUUUCUCUCUUUCCUCCUCCGAAAUCAAACUCUCUGAUUCAAUUCCACCAAUUCACCAACUUCUCCACAACCUCAAUGAUGAAAAAUACGAAGAAGAACAAGAAGAAGAAAUUAAUGGUAAUUUCGAAGGGAUUGAAGAAAAAAUAGAGUUUACAGAUGAAGAGAAUGAGAAGAUUAACGAAGGUGGAGAAUUUUCGAGCGAGGAAUCGGAGGGUGAGGUGAAGGAGAAAGGAGUACCGGCGGUGAUGCGGUGUUUUGACCGGGCAAAGAUAUAUGCAAAGGCCGGUGAUGGCGGCAACGGAGUGGUGGCAUUCCGGCGAGAGAAGUACGUGCCGAUGGGAGGGCCGUCGGGAGGUGACGGAGGGAGAGGUGGUAAUGUGUAUGUGGAAGUUGACAGAGCGAUGAGUUCACUGUUACCGUUUCGGAAUGGAGUUCAUUUUCGGGCAGGGAGGGGGUCUCACGGACAAGGUAAGAUGCAGAUUGGGGCAAAGGGUGAAGACGUGGUUGUGAAGGUGCCUCCUGGGACGGUUGUUAGAGAGGCUGGUAGUGAUGUGGUGUUGUUGGAGAUGGUGUAUCCUGGACAGAAAGCGUUGUUGUUGCCUGGUGGUAGAGGUGGUAGAGGGAAUGUUGCUUUCAAGUCUGGGAGUAAUAAAGCUCCUAAGAUUGCUGAGAAUGGUGAAGAAGGCCCUGAAAUGUGGUUGGAGUUAGAACUCAAGCUGGUUGCAGAUGUUGGUAUAGUUGGUGUUCCAAAUGCAGGGAAAAGUACACUUUUGAGUGUUGUUAGUGCUGCAAAGCCAGAGGUGGCAAAUUAUCCCUUUACAACACUACUUCCCAAUCUAGGUGUCGUUUCCUUUGACUAUGAUUCAACUAUGGUAGUGGCAGACCUUCCGGGUCUUCUUGAAGGAGCACAUCGAGGUUUUGGUUUAGGUCAUGAAUUUCUGCGACACACUGAAAGGUGUUCUGCACUGGUACAUGUCAUUGAUGGUUCAUCACCACAGCCAGAUCUUGAGUUUGAUGCAGUUCGGCUAGAGCUGAAGCUAUUUAAUCCUGAAAUUGCUGAAAAGCCUUAUAUAGUUGCUUAUAACAAAAUGGAUCUUCCAGAAGCACAUGAAAACUGGGAAUCCUUCAAGGAAAAGUUGCAAUCUCGCGGAAUCACACCUUUUUGUAUGAGCGCUGCCAAAAGGGAAGGUACUCAUGAAGUUAUCUGUGCUGCUUAUGAGCUUUGGCGUAAAAGUAAAGAAGACAAGAAAGAAUAUGAAGAUGGACGAGAUAUGGUAGACAUGAACCAUGUAGCUCAUGCACUACAGAAGCAACGAAGUGCGUCCAUUAGUGAUUUUGAGAUUUUUCAUGACAGCAGUUCAAACGUUUGGACUGUAGUUGGAUCUGGAUUGCAACGUUUUAUACAGAUGACAAAUUGGCGGUACAUCGAUUCAGAAAAAAGAUUCCAAAAUGUCCUUGAAGCUUGUGGUGUGUUUAAAUCUCUCACGAAACUUGGUGUAAAGGAAGGCGACAAAGUGAUUAUUGGAGAGAUGGAGAUGAUAUGGCAUGACUCCUCAGACAAAAUUGGUGCAUCAAGGAUGAAGAAGAUGUCCACAGAUUCAAUUAAAUGGCCUGAAUUGAAGUAAUGCCACUCUUUUUCGGUGCUUCUAGCUCCAUGUGAACUGCAACUGUGCUACAGUUCGUGUAGGAAGCAAGUUUUGUCAAAAUGAGAUGACAUCGAUGAUGAGAAAGAUCAUGAGAAGCUGCCUCAAGAAGCACGGCAAAGCAUAAAAGUUACACACUUGUUCAUAAUGUUGGGUGCAUUCACAAUUUCAAAUUCUUUUGUUUGAAUGGAAGCUGAGGUCUUCAAAUGGUCGCAAGUUAAUUAGGCAACAUAACAGUCGUAAGGGUGCAAAUCAUACAUUAUUUGUUAGCUUGAAUAGGUUUGAAACAUAUAUGUAACCAACGGAAGAGAAUCUAAUUGUUUCUUUAAUUGUAUGAUGGUGUUGUACCCUCAUAUGAUGUACGAUGUCUAAUAUUGCCACAUAAUUAGUUUUACAGACUGCUCUUA